UGACUCAUGAACGAGAGGGCAGAAUGCGAUGGCGUUGCUCAGCGCUAUCUCAAGUCGCUACGGAGCCAACGACUAGAUCAUCUUGGCAUGGUGCAACUAUACAUACUAUGCUCGAACACGACCAAUGACUUCCACGAAGCAUAUCAGAUACGCACUGGGAGAGAAAUCCAUAUUGCACUGGGAUUCCAACCAGACAAUCAUCAAUUCAUCAGCUGCCGACGACCAUCGAAUCCCUUCAACGCCCGGGCAAGCAUGGCCAGCCAUCACGUGACCUGAUAUCGGCCGCUUUUCUUUCCGCCGGCGAGCCCAAAAAUCAACGAGGAAGCUCCAAGCCAGUCACCCUCCAUCCCCUCCGCCGCGAGCUCACCAGACCGAUUGCUGCCGUAUCUGACUCGAAGCAGCCUCUCUUUGACCAAUCUCUUCUUCAAAACCCAAGAGCUCGCGCGCUCACCCGUCACAAUGGUCAACUUCUUCAAGCGGAUGCGGAAGCUGAAUGCUCUCCUCGACGUCCGCACCGGAACCGGUGCCGCGAUCCUCCCCACCGCCGCGACCGCCACCAAGGAAUUCCCUGCCAUCACCCGUCUCCACCUCACAUACGCCCAGAAGAUCUACGGCGGCCACCAGGGCGCGCGACAUUUCUGGCGCAAAUGUCUCCCCCGUCUGAAGUUCCACAACCCGGCCAUCCCGAUGACCGUACGACAGACCACCGAGCAGGAAAUCCCCGCCUCCCUGACGAUCUACUUCUCCGAGCGCACCAGCGACGCCGCCUCCUUGCUCGCCGCCAAGAUCACCGACAAGCACGCCCCCAAGCCGCUGGACACGGAACAGUCCGCUAUCCUCGAGCUCAAGGACCUCGAUUUCCAGGCUAUCUGGAACAAGGUGGCCAAGGUGACUGGCGCCCAGGAGGUCCCUCCCACCGCGGCCGAUCUGGCUCAGCGCGCGAGGCAUCAGGAGAUGGACGCUAAGAGUAUCACGGAUCGUGCGCGCGUUGCGGAAAUCAGACAGCAGAGGGCGGAUCGCGAACGCAUGCUGAAAGAGGCUAAGGGUGAGAUUGAGAAGUUGAAGGAGAUCUAAGCGGCCUUCUUUCUUUCUUCUUUAUACCUCUCCUCCUCGAUGGCUUGUCUCUUCCUUCUUCUUCUUUCUUUUCGGUCCACCGUUUUGUGUCGCCGGGUAUAUAAACUCUGCUUUCGAGAUGGGAGUCGGUUUGUGGGAUUACGACUUGGGCGUGGUCUCUUGUAGCAUGGCAUUUCUUUACUAUUCCUGUUCGAUUAUGUAGUUUUGGGAAUCUCUUUGUUCAAACUUUUUGCUCUCUGUACAACACUGAUGAAUGAGGAUCAAUGUAAUAGACUGACUGGACAUACGUGAUCGUCCUGGUUUGAAUUGCGAAAGGACAUAGGUAUGGAGCAAAUAGGCGGUUCAUGUUCUGUCGUUAUUGCACGAGGGAAAG